AUGGCGCAAGAAUACGCGUAUAUCACCGGCGGUGCUAGCGGACUCGGCAAAGCCGUUGCCAUACAGCUAGCCUCCAAAGGUAUCAAAUCAUUCAUCGCAGACCGUAACACGGCCGGUGCGGAAGCAACAGCUCACGAGAUCGGAGGAGACUAUACCACUGUCGACGUAACUUCUUGGGAAUCCCAAGCCGCUGGAUUCAAGAAGGCAGUGGAGCUUUUUGGACGGGUAGACUAUGUAUUCGCCAUCGCGGGGGUAGGGCAAAACGACUGGAUGCCACCGACACAGAUGGAUGGCGAUUUUCAGAAGCCCAAUCUUUCAGUGAUGGAAAUCAAUGUUCAGGGCAUGUUGAUGACGGUUUCGCUGGGAGUGCAGCAGUUCCGCCGACAGACGGUGAAUUCACAUGGUUUCCGUGGGAAAGUGAUUGUCGCGGGCUCUGUCUGUGGAGUCUAUCCAAGUCCUGGUCUAUCAAUCUACGCAGCAUCCAAGCACGCCGUAACUGGCUUGGUACGCUCAUGGGGACUGGAGCUACCGGCUGAAGAAAUCACGUUGAACUGUCUGAUUCCUAGUGUGAUGAGAACGAAAAUUUCUACGCCAGCGUUUUUUGACGCUUUGGAGAGCGAGGGCCUGCUUACCCCACUUCAUGGCGCUGUCGAUGCUUGUGAACAGCUCCUCGGUUCUAAUCCCGUGAGCGGACAGUGUUUUGAGAUUGGACCCGAUUAUGAUAAUGGACAGGGACUUACGCAUCCUAAGUUUGCGACCUUUACGGAUGAGAAGCAUCGACUUGUAUUUGACAGGUUGGCAGUGAGAGGUGUGUCGUUCAAAUUGGGGGCUGAAAAUUCGAAAUAUUAG